CUCAUUUCAAAAACGCUACCCUAUAUCACCAUGUUCGAGCAAAAAGUUGAAACACUACGCGAUCUCCUCCUGCGUUCUCCUUCAACGGCGAUAUUCUCCGGUGAUAUCUCUUCCAGCGAAGAUCUCCUCCAACAGCGAUCUCCUCCGGCGAUGUCUGCUCCAGCGACGAUCUCCCUCCUCCGACGUCUCCUCCAGCGACGAUCUCCCUCCUCCGACGUCUCUUCCAGCGACGAUCUCCUCCGGCUUCCUCCUUGUCGUCCUGUGUCCUCUCUGCCAAAUCUUCAGUGUCUCCCUUUUGUUCUGGAUCAGCAGGGAAGUGGAAAAGCUUUGGCGUCACUUAUAAACCAGGUAUUAGAUCUGGCAAAGAUUGAAGCUGAAGAAAUGGACUGGGACAAUAAUGGACAAGUCACUAUCAGGGAGUUCUUCUUUGGUUUCAUCAAAUGGGUUGGAAUUGAUGCAGAUGAAUAGAUGCAUGAUGCAUUGUGUAAGAACAGAUAUACUUCUAAGAGCAUUGCUUUAAUUUCUAUCAUGCUGAAUGUUUGAGUGUAAUGUUGGAUAGAUACAGAAUUUGUUGUGGUAAUGAAUCAAGAAAAAAAAAAGAAAAAGAAAAAGGAUGUGUAUAGAUAGAUAUAUGUAGUCUGAGUUCUGCUUCAUCACAAAGUAACACUGAUACAUCAAACUUUCUGUUAUAUACAACCUUCAUAGACAAUAAACUUAUAGAAUAGAUAAAACAUGGAGAGACAAAGAAGAAAAUGUAUGUUUUACAAAAUUUAGUUUCCAUUUUGGUUACUCCAUUGUGUUCUGUAACUUCUUACUGUAUUCCUAGAGCUUGGAUUCUCCUAAUGAGUGACAAAGAAAUUGCAUUUCUUUCUCUC